AUGCGUUGUGUCGCGAUCCUCUCGGCUAUUCUGGCCGUCGGCACUGCCGUGGUCUCCGGUGCCACGACUUGCACUGAUGAUGUCAAGGUCACUGAACCUACUCCAUCCAUUCCCUGCGAUGUCAUCGCGGGCGAUCUUAUCGUCAGCGACAAGGUCGCUGGCAGCGUGAGCAUCGAGGGCCCCAAGAAGAUCACGGGCAACUUUGACGUGACGAAUGCCACCAAGAUCGUCGGCAUCUCCAGCACCAGCGUUAAAGAAGUCAAUGGAAAAUUCAUAUUGAACGGGUGCACGCUACUGAGCACUGCCGAUUUCCAGGCGCUCCAGAGCAUCGCCAGCAUCAACCUGGUUAACCUCCCGCAGCUCCAGACCCUCAACUUCGGCACUAGUGGGGUCACCAAGGUGUCCAAUGUUCUGAUUGUCGACACCUUCAUGGGCAACCUCGACGGCUUCAACGUCGCCGAUGCUGACACCAUCGACAUCUCCAACAAUCCCAAGCUCAACACAUUCACCUCCGACCUUGUCACCGUCACCAAGUCGCUCAAGAUCGUCGACAACGGCAAGGAUAUGGUUAUCGAAAUGUCCAAGCUGGAGAGCGCCGGCGAAAUUGAGUUCCGCAGGAUCAAGAAGGCCACCUUCGACUCACUUAAAAACGCCAGCUCCAUCAAAAUCAACGACAGCCCCGACCUCCUGACUGUUUCCGCCCUGAACGUGACCACGAUUGAUGCCAGCGUCUCUCUCAUCAACAACAAGAAGCUGUCCAAUUGCUCCUUCCCCCAAGUGAAGACGAUCAAGGGCGACAUGACCAUUCUCAACAACACGGCCCUCGUGUCAAUGGACUGCUUCCCUAAACUGGAAUCUGUCGGCAACAUUCUGGUUGGCGGUAGCAUGCAAAACGUCACGCUUGGCAAACUCACCGACGUCAAGGGCAGUGCUACUGUCACGUCGACGACCGACAUCUCGGACUUUUGCAAUUUCUUCGAUAAGCUCAAGUCAGACGGCAAAAUUCGCGGCAAGGAGUCCUGCAAGAGUAACAACAAGAACGCGAACUCUGGUGACAGCACUGGUGGAGACUCCGCGGGCGGCAACAAGACCAAGGAGGACGCUGCUGGUGUCAUCGGCGUCAACACGGCAAUGCUGGGCCUGGUUGGCUUUGCCGGCAUCGCCCAGUUGCUGUAA